AAAAACCAAAAGAACAAAACCGCUAGUUCUCGCACAGGCAGCCGUAGUUCUGUUAGGGCGAGAAAUUUUCCUUCGAAACAAACAGGGUAAAAGAACAGAAGAGUAAGAGUAAGAGGCGGAGAAGCCGAGACGGGACUCGAGAGUCUUCUCGUCAGUCCUCACGCCUGCUGUUGAAUGAAUGGUAGCAUUAAAUACAUCAAUUUUCAGUUGAGUUCGAGUUGUUCCAUUUUGUUUUCUUCAUUUAAAGCCACUCUCUGGCUCCUAUUCUCUCUAUCUCUCUCUCUCUCUCUCUCUCUCUCUCUCUCUCUCUCCAGAAUCCCCAGAAAAAGAAAUGAAGAAGAUAUUCCCUUCACAAGAGUAAAAUGCCGGAAAAUUCUGGUUCUGCCAGCUCUCAGGCCUCAUUUUCCUGGAAAAUUUGUUAGUUCAGGGCAUUUUCUGGGGAAAAGGGGAAGUGAGUCUUUCUCAAAGAUGGGAAAUGGAUUUAUGUGCAUGACAAAGAAGGAAGUCAAAGAGAAUGAAUCGAGGAGCAAGCGAAUGGGGCGGUCGCAGCGUAGAUUGCUGGCGGAUGACGAGUACCUGCACCGGCAGGCUUUGUCCAUGGCACUUCACCAGCACCAGUUGUCUCAGAGGUUCGAGGGAUCGAUGUCCCGGCGAAUUGGGUCGACGAGUUCUCGACGCCAUGCCCAGUCCGAACGUUUCUCCAGCGGGAAACAGAUACCCGAUUUUCUAGAGAAUAUCAAAUCCAAGAAAUUUGUUCUGAUACAUGGAGAAGGGUUUGGAGCAUGGUGUUGGUACAAAACUAUUGCUCUACUGGAGGAAGCAGGAUUGCUUCCUGUUGCCUUAGAUCUCCUGGCAUCUGGAAUUGAUUGCACUGAUAUGAACAGUGUUGGUACAUUGGCAGACUAUUCAAAACCAUUGACUGACUAUCUGACAAAUCUUCCUGAUGACGAAAAGGUUAUUUUGGUUGGACACAGCAGUAGUGGCGCAUGCAUUUCUUAUGCUUUAGAGCAUUUUCCCCAGAAGAUCUCAAAAGCAGUAUAUUUAUGUGCUACCAUGGUAUCUGAUGGGCAGAAGCCUUUUGAUGUGUUUGCUGAAGAGCUUGGGUGUGCCGAACUUUUUAUGCAAGAAUCCAAGCUUUUGAUCUAUGGGAAUGGUAAAGAUAAGUUUCCUACAGGGUUUAUGUUCGAGAAAGAACAAAUGAAGGUGCUAUAUUUCAACCAAUCUCCUACAAAGGACGUUGCUUUGGCUAUGGUUUCAUGGAGACCAUUUCCUCUUGGUCCUAUCUUGGAGAAGUUGUCAUUGUCCCCUGAAAAUUAUGGGAGUGGCCGGCGGUUCUUCAUUCAGACACUGGACGACCGUGCACUCUCACCAGACGUCCAAGAAAAGCUUGUGAGGGAAAACCCCCCAGAAGGGGUUUUCAAGAUCAAAGGCAGUGACCACUGCCCAUUUUUCUCAAAGCCACAGUCCCUACACAAAAUUCUGCUGGAAAUUGCUCAAAUUGCAUAGCCAAUGUCUCGGAGCUCGCCCAAUUUAAUUUUCAAAGAAGACAGUUAAAUAUUUACAAUUUGGAAGGCAACGUUGUGUGAUCCAAGAGGUGGGCAGUUUUAUGCUGUAUUUGGUUUUUUGUUUUACAUUAUUUAAAUAUGCAUGUAUAGGAAGGAUUAUCUACUGAGUCUUGGAAUGAGGAGUAAGUUCAAGUGAAAUAUGGUUGGUGAAGAGUUGGCAGAUCUAGAGAAGUCGAAUGGUUGGUAGAAGGAUAAGUUCAGUAUCCAUAUUCUUUUGGGGACGGGGUGAAUCAAGUUUGUAUUUGUGUUUUCUCUAUACGCCCCUUGUGCAAUUUGAUUUCGAGCAAAAAUUUGGGCAACUGAAUUUACAUUUGAUUCACAAGAAGUCAGAGGAUAGAGUAUAGAAACUUUAUUGUUUAAUGUUUACAGAAUAAAAGAUAUUUAUGUUCAUAAAAUAAA